CCAGGCCGCUCUGCCCCGCGCGGGCUCCCGCUCGGUGGCUGUCCGCGCCCCGCCCGCCGCCGCCGGAGAGGAGGAGCUGCUGCUGUCGCCGUGGCCUCGGGCUCAGGAGUGUCCGUCCUCCACAUCCCACAAUGUCCUACGUGUUUGUGAACGAUUCUUCACAGACUAAUGUGCCCUUGCUUCAAGCCUGCAUCGAUGGAGACUUCAGCUACUCCAAGCGGCUGUUGGAAAGUGGCUUUGACCCAAACAUCCGAGACAGCAGGGGCAGGACAGGCCUUCACCUCGCCGCGGCCCGGGGGAACGUGGACAUCUGCCAGCUGCUGCAUAAAUUUGGUGCUGAUCCACUGGCCACGGAUUAUCAGGGGAACACUGCCCUCCACCUGUGUGGCCACGUGGACACCAUCCAGUUCUUAGUUUCCAACGGACUCAAAAUUGAUAUUUGCAAUCAUCAGGGUGCUACCCCCUUAGUUCUGGCGAAGCGCCGGGGCGUGAACAAGGAUGUUAUCCGAUUGCUGGAGUCUUUGGAAGAGCAGGAGGUGAAGGGAUUUAACAGAGGCGCACACUCGAAGCUGGAGACCAUGCAGACGGCGGAGAGCGAAAGUGCCAUGGAAAGCCAUUCUCUGCUCAACCCCAACCUCCAGCAAGGUGAAGGAGUCCUGUCCAGCUUCCGGACCACGUGGCAGGAGUUCGUGGAGGACCUGGGUUUCUGGAGGGUCCUGCUCUUGCUCCUGGUCAUUGCUUUGCUGUCUCUGGGCAUUGCCUACUAUGUGAGUGGGGUGCUGCCCUUCGUGGACAACCAGCCCGAGCUGGUGCAUUGAGGACUCACGGGGUAAGGCAAGGUCCUGUCAGUAUUGGUUUUCAGUUCUUAGACUAUUUCUUAGCACAAAGCAGCAAGGGCUGUGUUUUGUUUUGGAUUUUUACUUACCGUGACCUUUUGAGAAGAAUGAAUUGCUACUUUGAACUUUGUCCUGUGGUCAGUUGGACUGCAGCCUAAUGCUGUGCACCAGAAUUGUGUGAUCAGAUGUGGUGGUGAUCAGAGUGGACCUAACGCUGUGCACCAGAAUUGUGUGAUCAGAUGUGGUGGUGACCAGAGUGGACCUAACGCUGUGCACCAGAAUUGUGUGAUCAGAUGUGGUAGUCACCAGAGUGGACACUCAGGGCAGAGGCUCGGGAGGCCACAGUAGGGACCCGACCCUGAUGGAGGAGCAGUGGCCACUGGAAAGCAGAUAGUUUUUCCUAUGAUUCCAUUUUGUUAGUGGACUGGUUUUCUCUCUUGUUCAUUUUUUGCAAGAGCCUUGUCCUGUUUUUAUUUACUUUCCUGGGAAGAGGAGAAAGUAGAAACUUUCAACUUAAAUUUUGAAUUUUUUUUUCUCACAACCGAAAUGGCAAAUCAGAACUGUUAGAAACUUUGAGUUUUAAAGAGUAUUUGAGACAGCAGACAGGUUUUGAGAAUUAGCAGUCUUUCCUUUAACGUGGAUUGAUGGAUCUAACAUUUGCUGUGGGACAGUUUUGAUUCAUUCUAAACUGAUCGUUUGCAGUGUCUGUGAAAAUUAGCUCGUAGAGUUCACUCUGCUCACUCCCCAGUCUCCUCCCAUUUUUACUUUUGAGAUGUCCUAUUCAGAUACCAUCAGGAAACCCUUUGGAGUGAGGAGUCACUAGAGAAGAAGAGUCCUCUCCUUCCCUGUCUCUGUCCCUCAGCACUGCUGCCUGUCAGCCCCGUCGGCCGGCUGCAUCCUCGUGGUCAUCACAGGUCACCCUGGGUCCCAGCGAGCACCGUCAGGCCAGCCGGUGUCCGACAGUGGAGGUGGAGGGGUAUUUCUGAGUAAGAGCUGUGAACAAUAUUGUGCUGGUGUCCCGUUGUCAGUCUGCUAGUGUAGGGGCGUGGUGUGAAUAGGAAUCUGGACCCCAAGCUAGGGUGCAGCUACUAACCGUGUGUUUGAAGCCCCCUUGCUCUGAGGUUCUGUAAUAUAGAAAUCAUGUUUUUAUGUUAUUAUGGAGUAUGGAGGCUUAAUUUUCAUUGAGUGAAAUCUGAAACCCACAGUGAAUAGCUAAUGGUUUUGCUUUUUGUAGUUGACUGUUUGGGUAGAGUGGCCCUUCUGCCAGCCUGUCGCUUGCUGAUACUGUCUCCUCUGCUUUUAGAUACCAGGCUUUGACCCCUUUUCUUUCAUGUGUCCUCAUCCUAGCUGAAGGAACUGCUUCACAGCUCCUGACUGGCUGCUUCAGAGUCAGCUUGCAGAGUCUCGCUCUUGCUUAAUCAUGCUUGGUGGAAUGCAUGGAGGGAAAGCAGACUUCUGCCUGGAGAGCAGAAGCAGUUCAGUGUGUUCGGAACAAAAUGCUUUAGCAGUAGUUUUCUCUCUGUAAAUCCAAAUGUAUUUAAUAUGUAAAUAUGUUGCAUCUAAGAUCCCUGCUUCCUGCCCAGUUCUGGUUCCUUUGCAUUGUGUGCUCUGUACUUUCCAUGCAGUAAUGCCAAUAAAUGCAUUUAUAAAUCCUUA